AUGAAGUCCCAGACCAUCCUAUCUAUCCUUUUUGCCGCUUGCAGCGUCAUGGCCGCUCCAAUUGACACCCAGGUCAACGAACUGGCCUGCACCAAGUCCGGCGAUAUGGCCUGCUCUGGCGUUGUUGAGAAGCGCGAGGAGCUGGUCAACGAACUAGCCUGCACCAAGUCUGGUGAUAUGGCCUGCUCUGGCGUUGUUGAGAAGCGCGAGGAGCUGGUCAACGAACUGGCCUGCACCAAGUCUGGUGAUAUGGCCUGCUCUGGCGUUGUUGAGAAGCGCGAGGAGCUGGUCAACGAACUAGCCUGCACCAAGUCUGGUGAUAUGGCCUGCUCUGGCGUUGUUGAGAAGCGCGAGGAGCUGGUCAACGAACUGGCCUGCACCAAGUCUGGUGAUAUGGCCUGCUCUGGCGUUGUUGAGAAGCGCGAGGAGCUGGUUAACGAACUGGCCUGCACCAAGUCCGGCGAUAUGGCCUGCUCUGGAGUUGUGGAAUAG